AUGAAACAAAUUAUAUUUUUGACAUUGUUGGUUCUGUUAACGAAUACAUGUUCAUGCCAAAAAGGAUUCCCUAAACAAUUUCAAGCAAAACUCAAUAUCAGUGAACAAUCUUCGUCAGUACUAUUUGAUGAUGUUCAAUUAUUGAUUUAUGAUUCUAUAAAUUCACGAGCUCGAUUUGAUGUUCGAGGAUGGCGAGCAAGACAAAAUGAAACUUACAUGGUUAAAUACAAACCUGAAGGUGCUGAAGCUGGUUCACCAGCUUCACAAGGUUUUACAAUGUUUAAUUUCAAUCCUGACUAUCCAGAAUUGACAAAAAAUGAUUGUUGGUACAGAACAAAUCCAAUGAUUGAUAUAGGUCCGUUUCCAUUUUCGUGGCUCAAUCAGGACGGUAAUAUUGAUAUUAAACCAUGGUUUCCAUUACCAUCAAAUCUCAUCAAGAAAGGUGAAGAAUGGAUACCAGAAAUUCAAAAAAAUGCAAUGAGAUAUGAUUCACCAGAAAUUUGUGAUUUGGAACGAUCUGGUAUUGGUAAAGUUCCAUGUUUAAGUUACUUUGAAGCAGAUGAAACACCAGUUAAAACAAUUACAGCACGUGCCGCUAAAGGUAGUUUCGAUGUUGACGAAUAUAUAAAUACAGUGUAUUUGUCAUUUACAUUUGGUAUUCCACCAGAAGCAGAACAACUGUUCAAUUUACCUAAUCAAUGGCCUUCUUAUUGCGGCAAUGCAAAUUCUGACUCCAUACGUGGAUUUGUGGUAACUCCAGAUGGUCAAGAUCAUUUCAAGUUAAAAUUAAAUGGACCACCAGUUCAUUCAUUAGGUGAUCAAGUUAAAGUUGAAUUUAAAGUACAACCAAAUUGGUACUACAAUGGUACACAUUGUGCUAACUUUAAUACGAUUAUUUUCGAUGGAGAAAAUUGGCAAAAACCACAACAAGUUGAUAUGUCGUUUGGAGAUUAUGGUUGUUGUAUAUAUGCAAUUACAGCUGUCGGCGGUGGAUAUGAAUGGCAAUAUACUAUAUCAACAUUUGCGGUUUAUGCUUGUGAUGGACAAGCUGGAUAUGGUUGUAAAGGUAAAGAACCAUGUGGAGCUUAA